CUCGAAUGAAUCGGGCGGCCGAGCGCUUGCAAUCUGCCAAGCCAGCGUGGACCGUAGCCAGCUCGGGACACUGGCGUCAGCUCGAGAGGUAUGCGUCGUCGUUCAGCUCCUCCCGCCACGCUGGCGCGCGCCUCUCACACUGCCAAGAUCGUUCGGGCGGUUGAUCAUUUCUGCACGAUGACCCGCAGCGGUUUCGGCCCAAGCCAGUUCGGGCUCAAGUGCUCGGCCCAGGGCGCGGCGCAGCCGUGCGGACAGGGACACGCGAUGACCACGCGCUUCAAGAAGAACCGCCACCUGCGCGGGGCGAUCUCGGCGGGCCGCGGGCGCAUCGGGAAACACCGCAAGCACCCGGGCGGCUGCGGGAAUGCGGGAGGCCAGCACCAUCACCGCAUCAAUUUCGACAAGUACCACCCAGGCUACUUCGGCAAAGUGGGCAUGCGCAACUUCCACCUGAUCAAGCACGGCAAGGUGUGCCCACUGAUCAACGUGGAUAAGCUCUGGUCGUUGGUCCCCGAAGGGACGCGGGAGCAGUUCGCCGCGAAGAAGGACAAGGCUCCCGUGAUCGACGUUAUGAAGGCGGGGUACAUGAAGGUGUGCGGCAAAGGGCAGCUGCCCGAGCAGCCCCUGAUCGUGAAGGCGCGCUACUUCACGAAGGAGGCCGAGGUCAAGAUCAAGGAGGCUGGUGGGGUCUGCGUCCUCGUGGCCUGAGAGCGCCGCCAAGCGCCGGCGCCCGCCCAGAAGGAAGUUCCCCCAAAAGCGGUCAUCGAAAACCGCAAACAGAGCACAAGCUAGCACUUUCGCAGCUACUCGCGGAUUUCUUGGAUCGGCGCUGGACCACCUUACCCGAGUCGCUGGGCAGAGCCUUAGAGGAUCCAUUGGCCAUAGCAUUAGAGCGGGCUGCUCAAUUUGUACAAUCGCGUGUAGUUCCAGCCAACUCUGUAGGAGUUCCAAGCCGUC